CCUGUCUUUGGAAUGGAGUCAGAAAGAAAGAUAACUUGAGUAGAGUUAAUAAUUUCGAGUGUCCAUUCCAUUCUUAAGCAAUGAGAAGGAAGACUGGUGCAAUAUAAUUUAACUGUGUAACUGAAAAACCUUUCAGUAUUGAUUAACAUGGAUUCUGUAGAAGACAAAAGGCACUGGGAAAGGAAAAAAAAGGAGAGAUUUCCUUGCUUAACAAACUCAGAUCCUGAAAAGCAUGUUAUCAUGGGGACUAAAGGUUUCAGCUGGAAUGUCUUUGGUUCACUGCAGUCUUCCGGACAAAACCCAUCUGUGAGUGCCCUCAAACCAAAGGAUCACACUGCUCGAGGAUCCAGUCCCAAAAGUGACACUGCAGUGCAAGCAGUGAGACAACGGGAGCGCGACCAGGAAGAAGAAUGGAAGAGGGAAAGAGAAAUAGAGAGAAGUAAAGAAUGGAGGAGGGAGAGAGAAAGAGGGCUGGCACUAGGUCAUGGGGAAAGGGAAAAGGAAUUGGUAGGAACAGCACAGGAAAGAGAGGGAAGAUACAUUAAGUCAGGGAAGGAAGUGCGGAGACAAAAUGAGAGGCUUGCCAGUGAGAAGACUGGGAAGGAAAGAUCGAGAGAAGGUGGCAUAUUUCAUCAAAUGCCAGAAACAAGCAGGGAGCGAGUGGAGAGACUGAUAAAAAGUAUGUGCAGAGAAGGUGAUGGACGAACUAAGCCUCAAGAGAGACAACGAGGAAUAGAAAGGGAAGAAAUCAGCUACAGAGAAAGAAAAGUAGGCCGUCCAAGAGAUGAACAGAGAGACAUUCAAAGGAAUAGAGACAUGGAGAGAUGGAACGAUUAUAAUAGAGAGAAAGAAUACCGGAAGAAUGGAGGAGGAGUGAGAGAUAAAGAAGUACAACUAGAGCAACGUGAAAUACGGAAGGAACCGAGUCCAAGAUACAGACACAGAGAAGUGUGGGAGGAGAAGGAGUUACAGGGUGAAAGACAGAGGAGAAGAGACAGAGAAAGAGAAGGUGGGAGAACCAACCAAUAUGAGAGAAGCAAGGGACACCGUCCAGCUGAGAGACUGAAAAUACCUGAAACAGAAACUGAGAAGUUCUCUGAUCAAGAGGGAUGGGAGAGGAAGAGACAGAAGCAUAGAGUGACAAAAAGUGAUGGAGAUGGUGAAGGAGAUAUUCUACAAGGAAGGGAGCUAGACCCUCAGAGGGGACAUCAGCAGAAACAUAGUAGGAGUGAGGGAGACUGUGAGGAGAAGGGACGAGAAAGGUACAUGGAUGGCUGGGGGUAUAAAGAGAGGGACAUGCAAAGAGGUAAGAAACAAGACAAAGCAAAAGCAAGAUACAGAGAGAUUGAGGGAAGGAGAGAAAAAGACAGAUAUAGAUAUAGAUUAAUGCAAAUAGAAAUGGAGAGAUAUGAUGGCAAACAGAGAAUCAGAGGGCCAGAAACAGGAAGAGAAGGAACACAGUCAUGGCAUAUGGGAAACUGGCAGAAAUAUGGAGAAAAAGGUAGAGAUCCUAUGAAAUAUUCCCGAGAGGAAUGGGAGAAACUUCACAGUCUAGGUAGGGAAAGAUGUCCGAAUAAACAAGGAGACCUGGAAAGUAAAAGUAUAGAUGAGCAUUGGACAGACACUAGAAGUAGACCAUGGGGAUAUGGCAGUGAUGUGGAGUGUGGGAAAAAGGAGAGAGAGAGACAGACAACACAAGACAAAAAGCAGAGGCCAAGCAGGAUGUGGAUAGACUCACAGAAAGAGGGCCUGGAGAUCACAGAGAGAGAGGCAAUUCAUGAACAGUGUGUUGAUGAGGAUAUACAAAUACCCAUGGAUGAAGGGAAAUUUACUAGAGGAGAAGAGAGGGUAUCAGAGUGGGAUGAGAAUGAGGGAAAUGGUAAAGGAGCUGAAAGAAAACCAGAAAGAGAUAGAGAGGAUGAGGAUGAAAAUGACAAAUGGUUAGGGAAGGAGAUGUGCUGUGAUGGGGAUUUGGAAUCUGAGAAUGAUGCACAUAGUAAGAUGCGAGAAGACAUAAACCAAAACCUGACAGAGUAUGUGAUGGGCAGCACAGAUGAAAGUGAGCAUGAGGUGGGGAAUGUGAGUGAGGAAUGCAGUCCCUCUGAGAACGAAGGAGAAAGUGCAAGAGAGGAGAAACAAGAGGAGGGGAUGGAGGAUGGCUUGGCAGCAGUCUCUAGUGGGGGACAGGAGGAGCAUGAGGAGACCCUUGAAGAUGGCAAAGAAUUUUUGCUAUGUGCUGCUACAUCUGAUGAAGACUUACAGUCUGUAGAAUUUCAGAAUGCAGAACAGAUGAAGAAGGGUACAGAGCAGCAUGAAAGAGAUGAUGGAGAUAGAACUUUGGAAGGAGAAGAUGAGAGCACCAAAGAGCUGACAGACAUGGGGGAUGAUCUAGAUUUGAAAAGAAACAGAAUGGAUGAAGUGCAAGACAGCAAAGCACCUGAAGCAAAGAAGGGUGAUGAUGUUGACAAUGAUGAUGGAGAAGGUGAUGAUGGAAAUGGUGAUGAUGAUGACGACAAAAAAGUUACAGUGUUCUUUGUAGUUGGACAGACUCUGCGUAAAAAUGAGGAACGUCAACACACAGAAGAAUUAAAUACAAAUCUAGGGCCUGACAAUGGUAGCAUCCUUCCUUUGGUUGAAAGUGAGAAUGCUAUUGACAGGGAGAAAGAAGCAAAAAAAGACACUGAAAAAUCUGAUGAUGAGAGCAGUCUGGAUACAUUAUGUGUCUCCAAAAAGCCACAUGGUGAUGGAAACUUUGAAAUCCCUCUAGAGUCAAAUGAUAGUAAAGGUACUGAUCAGUAUUUAAAUGAGGAUGGAGGUUAUGAAUGCUCUGAAAAUGGCGGGAUUGUUAUGUCUGAGGAAAAUGAAUCAGGGACAGAAAAUACUUCUGAAAGCUCCAACGAGGGAAAGAGACACACUGAGCCUUGUUUAGAUCUACCAUCAGAACUCGGUGAUGGAGGGGAGAACAAGAGCAUGUUUACAGCCAACUGGAAGCCUGACAAAGAGCCCUGUUCAGAACAUGAACCAGACAACCAAAGACAGACGCAACCCAUUUCCCAAACAACCGAUGAAUCAACCAGCAGGAACAAUGUAGAACAAUGUAAGGAAGAGGCUACCCCCUAUUUAAAGAGUUCAGUGGACAUUACGACUGAAAUUCCUGGUGCAUCUGAGGAUGGUCCCACUGAAAAACAGGAAGAAAGUCCAGAGAUGGAUACACAGGAUACCUCAGACCCAAUUACAAAUUGUGACAAUGAUAAAAACACAGAGGAAUGUAUACAGAUAAAAACACAUGGCUACAGUGACAUGCUGACCAGCAAUGAAAAAGAGGAAAUGAAGAAUUCAGAACUGAGCACAGAUGCUUUUGUGGAAUCAGACCCAAUCACUGUUGUAAGUGUAGAAGGGGAGAAUGCACAGGUUGGUGCAGAUGCAGGCAUCCGGAUGACUGCAAAAGAUGAAAGCUGUACAAAUAGUGAGACAGACCAAAUCUGUCACUUGCCAAUCACAAAACGAACACUUUCCAAGUCUGAUAGCUGCCCCAGCCCCGUGAGCAGCCCCAGCAAAUCCCCAACAUCAGCUGCCAAGGGACAUACUGAGAAAAGAUGCGAGAUGCAGAACGAAGAGGAAGACUCUUAUUAUUUUCAAGAUCAGGCAGAUGAAGCAUUCUUAAGAAGAAUGUGCCGGAAGGCAACGGACAGAUGUAAAGAUGGGGAGGAUGAGUCAGGACGAAUUAUCAGCCCAAGAGUUUUUGAUGUAUCAGAAGAUGACGACAAGCUGAGUUUCAGCUGUGGCGAGGCGGAGCUAAGAACAAUAUCAGAUUCCCUUAGAAGACCCAAGAAGAAGAACUCCAGAUUUUUUAAUUCCCAGCUCUAUCAGGAGUACUGUGAGGUGGUUCAGAACCAGGAGAUUCUCCUGCAGUCUUGCUCGGAUGCCACUUCUCCCACAUUGCCAAUCCUGUCGUCCCAGCUUUCUCGGCGGCCCUUGCCCGCUGUCCCUUCUAUCCCGCACCCUCACUCACUUUACCAAUCCAACACCCUGCCCAACAGAAGCACACGCUCUCUUCCACUGCUACCACCACCUCCACGAUCCUCCUCUCCACGCUUCUCUGUCUCCUCCCUAUCCCCCGUUCUCUGGCAGGACCUACCCGGAGUCAGGAAAAGCAGCGAACUGAGCAACCUAAAUGAAGAUGAGCGACGUCUACAGGAGGUGCGGUUUGAGGUGGUGACCUCUGAGGCCUCCUACUGCCGGAGUUUAGAUAUUGCAGUAGACCAUUUUGUCAAGUCAAAGCAGCUGGCAGCGCUGCUGUCAGCACAGGACAAGAACUGGCUAUUUUCCCGACUCAAGGAUGUCAGAGCUCUCAGUCACAGUUUCCUGUCCAGACUGGAGGAGCAGAUAGAGAAGGACAUAAUGCACUUUACUGUGUGUGACAUCAUCAUGCGCUACUGCUCUCGAUUCCGAUCGGUCUAUGUGCCUUAUCUCACCAACCAAUCAUACCAGGACAAGACUUACCAAAGACUUAUGGAGGAAUGUCCCGGGUUCCGGCGUGCCGUGGAGACCCUGGAGCGCAGUCCGGUGUGUCAGCGUCUGCCUCUGCGCUCCUUCCUUGUCCUGCCCUUCCAGAGGAUCACGCGACUUAAGCUCCUUGUACAGAACAUUGUCAAGAGAUCAGUCUCAAACACAGAGGAGGAGGUACGGGCUAUCAAAACGUUGAAGUCACUUGAGAAGAUCAUAAAGGAAAGCAAUGACAGCAUUACUCAAAUGAAGAGUAUUGAAUCAUUAGUCUCGCUAAGCUCCAAGGUGGACUUUGGAUGCAAGACGCUGCCUCUGGUCAGCCAGUCCCGCAGGAUCAUACGGGAGGGCUCUGUAGCAGAAAUGUGUGAUUUUGCCCUGAAAGUGAUGGAAAGGACUGUGUACCUGCACCUUUUCAAUGACUACCUGCUGCUGUCGCUCCAGAAAGAAAGUGGCAGGUUCUCUGUGAUUGACUACGCUCCCACGACAAAGAUUCGUGUGGAGAACUGCCGCGUCAAGCUGCACUCCCUGCAGAAGAACGUGUUCCGCCUCCACCUGGCGCCUCAGAGGGCUCUGCUGCUUCGCAGUGACACACACAGCGAUAAACUGCGCUGGAUGUCUGCUCUUUCCCGACCUCAUCCCGACAUAGAUUUCAUCAUGGCACAAGACCUUGUCCAGGUUCAGUGUGUCAAAGCUUUUGUUGCCCAGCAACCAGAUGAAAUAUCCUUGGAGAAAGCCGACGUCCUACUGGUUCACCAGCAGAGCAGUGAUGGCUGGGUUGAGGGCACGAGGCUUUCGGACAGACAGAGAGGAUGGGCUCCCAAUGGACAUUUGGAGCCCAUUGUUAACGCAAGAGCCAGACAGCGCAACCUACUGGACACGCAGAAGAUUAAAACUGCUACCGCGACUCACUAAGCAAGUGCUGAAUAUGUCCAACAGUCAUGUAAUAAACGAGACUGUGACUUAAGAAAUUUCAAAAAUAUGCAGUGAGAACCCAUUCUUUAAGUUCAGUGUCUAGGGAAUAUGUUCAUUAACCAUAGUUAUGUAUGUCUAACAGGCAAAUAUAUAUUUUUUUACUUUUGAAUUAAGUAUUAUUGGGGAACACACCAAAUAAGGGAAUAAUGUUUUUUUAUUUCUUUUUGGAUGCCAAAGGUAUAACAGCCAAAUAGGAUUUGAGAAACACGUGUUUGCAAAUUACAAGCUAUCAAUUUACAGAAGGCUAGUUCUUCAUAUUCCUGUUUGACUUCUGUUUCCCCCAUGCCACUGCAGUACUAUGGUAAUGUGUUUCCUGUAUAAAUCAUGUAUGUAUGUAUAUAUACCACUGGCAAGAUAAACAAGGAAAGUAUUAUGUAUAUAUAGCAAAGUAGGGCAGCGGUGAGCACACUUCAGAAUGAGGAAGCUUGGGUAUUUCCUCAGAACUUUUAGUAAAAAUUGUGUAUUAUGGCGAAUUAGAUGUGUAUGACAUCUGCUAUUGUUAAUUGCUCAAGUGUCUGUAUAAUUUUCAAAAGAUAAACUUAAUUACUGCAGGUGCCCAUACAACAAAUAUUUUUGUGUUUUGUUGUGUAUAUUAAUAAGGAAAAUGUAAAUAGAUUAUAUAGUUUAACUGUGGAAAAGUGUAGCUUGUUGUUCCAUUAAAACUGGUUGACUAGA